UUGUAGGAAAUCCGCUUGUGGGGGGAUUACAGAGUUUAAUCCGAGAGAACAGGGACAGAGGCUGGAAGAUAGAGCGAAGAGAGAGAGAGAGAAGAAAAAAACCCUAAAGCAGACAUAGGCCCGAAAGCAGUGAAAUACAGUCAAAUAACCCAGCAGCUAAACACCGUGGCAUUAAAAGACUUCGACUCGCCAAAAUUGGGAGAGUGGAUUUGCAAAACCGUUUUUUUUUCCUGGCUACAUUUUUUAAGUUAGCUGGUUUGGACUGAUUCUGUGACAGAAAUUGACAGCAGCUGGAUAGCUAACGAAAAAGAAGAGAGGGGAGAGCAAAAUUUGUCAGGAAAAAAUAAUUUCGUCGAGUAAAGUGGGUUUCCCCCCCCUUUCCCCUUUCCCCUCACAUUUUUUUUCACCUCCUAACUAACCAAGGAACUCCCAUUUUGGGUUGUCCUGGUUUGCUGGAUUUGAAUUCGAGGGGAAAUAAAAAAAAGGACAGAAUAAGCGUACGCAGGGGGAAAUAUUAGAAUACAAAAUUCCUGAGGUGAGUCGAGGUGAAAGAUGUCUGGGAAAGACCAGAAUAAGCAAUCCACCACCGAGCGGAUUAUAAAAGCUGUCCCAUUUCCCCCAACGGUGCGCCUGACUAUGAAAGAGCUAUAUGAAGAUGGGAAGCCCAAGGUGGAGGUGUUGAAGAGCCACUUGGUGAAGGAGGGGAGGCUGGAGGAGGACGUGGCUCUCAAGAUCAUCAACGAGGGGGCCGCCAUUCUGCGCCAGGAGAAGACCAUGAUUGAAGUGGAGGCGCCCAUCACAGUGUGCGGUGAUGUCCAUGGGCAGUUCUUUGACCUUAUGAAGCUGUUUGAAGUUGGGGGCUCACCAAACAACACACGCUAUCUAUUCCUGGGAGAUUAUGUGGACCGAGGAUACUUCAGUAUUGAGUGUGUGCUGUUCCUCUGGGUACUGAAGAUCAACCACCCCACCACCCUCUUCCUCCUCAGAGGCAACCACGAGUGUCGGCAUCUCACAGAGUACUUCACUUUUAAACAGGAGUGUAAGAUCAAAUACUCAGAGCGGGUAUACGACGCUUGCAUGGAGGCAUUUGAUUGCCUCCCUCUUGCUGCACUCCUCAACCAACAGUUCCUGUGUGUCCAUGGGGGACUGUCUCCAGAGAUAAACUGCCUAGAUGACAUUAGGAAAUUAGACAGGUUUAAAGAACCCCCAGCCUUUGGACCCAUGUGUGACUUGCUGUGGUCAGACCCCUCAGAGGACUAUGGUAGCGAGAAAUCCUCAGAACAUUUCAGCCAUAACACCGUGCGAGGCUGCUCUUACUUCUACAGUUAUCCAGCAGUAUGCGAAUUCUUGCUAAAUAAUAACUUGUUAUCAGUAAUAAGGGCACAUGAAGCUCAAGAUGCAGGGUACCGAAUGUACAGAAAAAGCCAGACAACAGGUUUCCCCUCACUAAUUACAAUUUUUUCUGCACCAAACUACCUAGACGUAUACAACAACAAAGCUGCUGUGUUGAAAUACGAGAACAAUGUGAUGAACAUCCGACAGUUCAACUGCUCCCCCCACCCAUACUGGCUGCCCAACUUCAUGGAUGUGUUCACGUGGUCCCUGCCCUUCGUCGGGGAGAAAGUGACAGAAAUGCUGGUGAACGUCCUGAACAUCUGCUCUGAUGAUGAACUCAUGUCAGAGGGAGAUGACACCUGUGAAGGUGGCACCCCAGCAGUUCGUAAGGAGGUCAUCAGGAACAAAAUCCGAGCCAUUGGCAAAAUGGCCAGAGUCUUCUCUGUUCUCAGAGAGGAGAGUGAGAGUGUGCUGCAGCUCAAAGGGUUAACCCCAACUGGGACUCUACCCCUGGGAGUGCUGUCAGGGGGUCGACAGACCCUCCAGAGCGGCAUGGCACUACUACUCACACUUUACACAGCCACCGUAGAAGCUGAGGAGGCACGAGCUAUCCAAGGAUUUUCUCCUCAACACAAAAUCCGGAGCUUUGAGGAGGCCCGCGGCCUGGACCGGAUAAACGAGAGGAUGCCCCCCCGGCGCGAUGCCAUGCAGCAGCAGCCAGACGGGACGGUCAACUCUCUAAAUACUGCCAACUCCCCAGACAAGAACGGGACAGACAAUCAGGGGCAGUAAUGACCCCUCCCCUCUCCAGCCCCCUCCCCCUCCUCCAGUCCUCCCCCCCCCCCACUGUCUCCCUCAAUCUAACUGCAGGCAGGUGGGAAACGAGCAAAAGUUAGAAGCAACAACACAAAAUGGAAGGUUUAGACAAAUACAAAGACCCAAUGAGAUGUUGAUCUUAUUUAUUUAUUAAAAGAAGAGUAAUAGAAUUCAAGAGGUGCAGUUAUUAGAAAAGGGCUGGGGGGGAGAGGGAGCCAGGCCCCAACAACAUUGCCGACAAUAACCACAGAGAGCAUUUUGUAAAUUUGAGUUCAUGUAAGAGAUAAAAUAAGGAUACCUUUUUAUUAUUCAGGAGUUCUAUAUGACUAGUUCAACUGAGUCCUUGUAUUGUGUUUUAUGUGCUUCGCGAGGGAACAUUUGAAAAAAUAUAUAUUCUACUUGUCCAACCAAAAAGCUAGGUAGUUUAAACAGGGGGAAAAAAGCUAAGGGACCUUGGUGGGUAAGGGUAAUGCACUGGAGUGUCUUUUGGUUACCAGUAUAUCCCUCUUCUAUCAGUGGCACAAUGGAAAAGAAAAUCUGAGAGCUAAGGGUAUAAGAGACAUGUCUUGGAGAUAAAAAGUACUGAGUGCUUUCAUUUUUUUGCUCUCUUGUGUUUAUAUAAAUUAGUGUCUGUAUAAAAACACACUCCUUUCUAUACAUAUUUAUUUUUUUAAGUGUUCCCUUUUUUUAAAUGUGAGAAGAGUCUUGUUUUCAAGCUGCAGAUUGUAAUUACUGGCACCAAAGCCCUGCUUUUCAUCAUUAAAGUAAUAGAAAUAAAUAUGGGUAACUGGGAUCAGUGAGUAUGCUUGAGCUCUGGUUUGGUUUUCUGCUCGCCUGAGCCAUUUCCUAGUGACUUUUCUAGUUUUAGGGAGUUUUAAAAUGUUUUGGAUGCGUUAGAUAAUGGCCCUUAUAUGACAGUUAAAGUUCAUUAAAAUAGUUUAUUAUUGCUGUUUAUCAACUUGAAUUUUUUAACCUACAUAAUGCAUGUUAUAUUUAAAAAUGCUAUUUUUAACUGUUGUUUUUGUCUGAGAUUACGGAAAAAAAGUUUUCUCAUGUUGAACAGAAAGUACAAUGUGUAGCUUGAGGGUUCCAAAGAAUGUACAAUUAGAAAUGCUUUAUUGGGAUGUCCUUUCCAGCUAAGUUCUGCAUUGGUUUUCACUCCACAAUUAAGAACUGGUAGACUUUGCACUGAUUUCUCUUGAUUGCCGCAUUUUUGUGUUAGGAGCCGCAAUUAAAUCCUGUCUGACAAUACUAAUCUAAUGCAGUAAGACAUCUCAUUCUUUUUCCAAAGAGCAGAAGAGAACUGAGACCUAGCUGGGUAAGUGUUAUUGCAGCACUAGGCUGGUCUAAUUCAUAAGGAACCGAUCAGUGUGUUAUUCUAGUGUUUGAUCAGUGCUAAGCAGAAUUAAAAUUUUAAAUUGAUAAAAAGUAAUUUUAAUCCUUUCAUGUUUUAAUAAUUAGAGCUUAUAGGUCAAGUUGUAUUAUUGAAGCUAAAAAAACUGAAAACUUUGUCUAUUAAAAAGCUAACCGCAAUUUCUUUUCUGGUUGUGACACAAUGAUGAAGAGAAGGUAGCUGAUCGCUGAUUUUAAUUGUUAAAAUGGAGUUGGAUAAAGAAAAAGCAUGAGCAGAGAACCAAACCAAACCGCAAUACUGAUCCAGCCUCCUUUUUAGAUUGUCCUCCAUGCCAAAAUGAGGAAUAAAUCUUUUCCAUUCUCUGGGGGAGGCAGAAGUAUUUUCAUAGAAAUUACUGAAAACCAAUUACUUGUGUAUUACAAUGCAAACUGAAAAAAACCUCCCACAUUACUUCCCAUUAAUUUUCAUUCUGUACCUCACCACAGAAAGCAUUUACCUUAGUUGUGGAUUCUGUAGUGCUGAAAUAAUGUCUUAUUCCCAUCUUCCACUAGAGACUGAGAGCUGAACGUUUUCAGAAUCGGCUUGAUCUGAGUCCCCUGCCACCCUUUACUUUCACUUUUGUGUAUUGCACUGAUAUCUUAAGUGUGUCACCAGGGUGCAAUGAAUGUGACUUACAGAUGUCAGUGUGUGGUAUAGCUGGCAUUGCUAUGUGAGAUCCAGGCACACUCUCUCGAUCUUUCAUCCAAAGCAACUGAAACUCUAGACUUUAACUCAAGUUGUGUUCUGUGGUGUCUGGAGAAAUGCCCACAGGCAAUUGAUAGUUCUCUUUCAACUUCAAGCUCUCAAUGAGAAGGUUUGCUCCAAUGUACUUGUGGGGCUGUUUUAAUGGGUGAAAAGCAUGCCAAAGUAAACCACUGUGAGGUGCAGGGUUUUUGACUGCUCUUGACAUUACUCCUGAAUAGAAUCAACUGCUCUCUGCUUUACUGAUCAGUUGAAAAUGUGCGCUUUGCUCACUGUUUCAAAAUCCCUGAUUCUUUUUUAGAGGCCAGCACCGGUUUCUGUCAGUGGGGCGUAGUUUAGGAGCUUGUUGGGUCAAGGAAGUCACUAUACCUGUUAAAGCAGUGUUCUGUGUUUAAAAAAAAGUUUUAUGGAGAAGUUUUUUAACUAAAAAUUUCCCACCUGGUUUAAGAAUCUUGUGGGUGAUGAUUUACUAAGCUUCCCUUAGAAUACCCAUUUUAUUAUAUUCAUUUAAACAAAGAAAUAAUAUGAAAAGUAUUGUUUAAUGAUGCUUAAAGGCUUAUUUCUAUAUGACAAGCAUUCUGCUGUGAGAAUUGCAUUCCCUUAAUACGAUCUGUGCUGCUUAUUGUAUUUUAAUUGUCAGGGUUAGGGAGUGAUGCCGUUUGGCAAAACAUAAGCUUGCAUAAAUUGAGAAGGAGAAAAUGCUGUUUUGUGAUUGUUUACCAAAAAGUAAAAUCAUGUUCAUUAUAAUGUGUUUUAUGCAUAGUUAAUUCUGAUGGAUAUGGUGGCCCACUGUCUUUCCACAAUUAUAGCUUUCAGUCAUUUUUUAUUCUUGGGGCAAGUUACAUUUUUCAUAACCACUGAAUUUUCCUGCUGUUUUAUUUCGUAUAUUUGCUUUCUUUGUAAGUGAUUAUUACCUGCUUUAAGGGAGAGCCAUCCCAUAGUUAAAACAAAAUCAGGAUCUAGGACAGAGAAUCUCUAAUGGGGAUAGUAUACUACACCCAGCACUCUGCCACCAGUGUUUCCUCUACCACACUUCUAACACAAGCAGGUCCUGGAACAUCAGAAUAAUAACUUUAAUAGUUCACUGUCACAAUGGAUCUGCAUGUUUUUGCCUUCUUCAGAAAAAUAAAUAUUAUUCACAGCAGGAAAGUAUAGAGAUAUGCUUUACAUAGAAUAUUGCAUAGGCGCAUAAUAUGUUUUAGAAAUCUGUUUUCAUCGUGUUUCAUACACCUUAUGUUACCUGCAUAUUUCUCUGUUCUUUAUUGCUGUGGGCGAUUAUAAAACUGAAACUUUGCUGUCGUGUAAAAUAAGCAGUGGGAGGUUGAUCGACUUUGGCAAGAAGAGUUGCUGUGUAGUUUAUCUAAGUAAGCGCCAUGGGCGAAGAUAUAUCAUGUGACACAGACAGCUAGUUACCAUAGGAAAUGAAAAACAGAAAGCGGCAACAAAGAAUUAGUGGUACUUUGUAGGGUGGGAUGUGCAGCAAGUAUGAAAUGAAGAAGAGAUGCAAAUGGCAUGAAGUCUUUUUAAAACCCUUUCCUCUCUCUGCUAAUGGUGCGUGCUUUACUUUUGGUCUGUGUGGCUCAGGGGAAAGUUGGAGACAUCUGUCUCAAAAGUGUGGUAGAAUUAUGGCAUCAUGUGGAGACUCAGAUUAAGGACUUUAUUACAUAUUUUAUUUUUGCAAAUUCAGGAUGUCGUUCAGCUGAGCAGGGCAUUUCUAUGUAUGUCCUUGAAGGGCUCUGCAGGUUCGAAGUUGUUCUUUCACAUUUUAAAACAAAGACAUACUGUGGUGUGAAAGAUGGGACAGUCUAGCCCAGUCAUGGGCUUCAUUUCUGAUUUCUGUCAAAAGUUUAAAAACAUAUCUUGCAGAAUGUACAGAAAUAUCGUUUAUUAAGAAUUUCUUAAUAGCUGUAAAAAAAUUGUCAAGUACUUGUAUUGCGAGGCCUCUAUAAAAUCUUGAUUUAUGUAGUUGUAUCACUCCAAAAAAAAAAGAAGAAAAAAGAAAUACUGAAACCCAAA